AUGCCUGGACGUCGCUCUCCUGAAGAUGACAUCACCCUCCUCGAUACUUCCAAGUCCAAGGAGUAUGACUACGCCCGGGAUGAAAAGGGGGAUCAGUCCGAGACACUGGACCAAACCCAUAUAGAAGAAGAUGGCGAUUCCGAUACGACCUCGACGAACUCUUCGGAUGAAUUUGACUGGGACGAAGAAGAAGUCGCUAGUCCACCGGAGAAUUCGGGAACUGGCAAAAGGGCGAGGAGAGGCAGAGCCCUUUGGCUUGGCUUCAUGAAGCUCGCAAGGCCAGUCAGGACACUAUUAAUCGGCAUUCUUGGUGCUGCAUUCUUCAUAAUUCCGUUGCUGGUAGUGGAGUUGAGGUUCAAGGACAAGCAAAGUGUCCGGCUGCAAGUCCGUGUUUGGUCCCUUUGGUUGUCGGUCAUAUGGGCAGCCUCCUGCGCAACAUACUUGGUUGUGGAUGCCAUCCCGCGUACUGUGAUCUACGUUAUUUUCUUAUUUGGUGGCCAAGUAGAGCGUUUGAAAACGCAGAUCGAAUUGACACUUGCUGUCUCGGCAUGGCUAAAGCUCGCACUUGAUAUUUCGUGGGCCUGGAUAGCGCUAUCUGCAAUCACGGCCUUCUACCAACCUCCUGGCGCGUACUGGGUGAUCAUCAACCGUGUGAUGCAGGCUCUCUUCUCUGCAGGUAUCAUCCUGUUUGUAGAAAAAUUGUUCCUAAGAUUUGUCGCCAUCAACUUCCACGAAGAUGCACUCGCGGAUCGUCUCGCGGAGAACCGGAUGGGACUGAGAGCACUGGACCACCUAUCAAAUGCGCAGCCCGCUCCAGUCAAGAAAAGUACAUACGUCAAGAAAGGGCACAAAAAUGCAUUGAGCUCCUUUGGGAACGCAUUCGACCUUUCUUCCCCGUUUCACGGCAAGGCACAUCAUCGAUCGGAUAAAAAGCGCCAUACGAGUCGCGCUCAGACGAAAAGACGACGCAAGAGGUACAUGGCAACUGUCGUUGUUGACCAGCUGACUGGCGCUAUUGGGCAAGUUGCGCUUAAGAAUUCCAAUUUCAACCGGGGUGGCGAUUUUCAUGCCCUGGAUUCUGCGCGGAAGCUCGCAAGGAAACUCUUUGAUGCUCUCAGUGUAACCAGCCCUGGACGCUCUCAUCUUGUCGUCGAAGAUUUCUACCCUUAUUUCCGUUCGACUGCUGAAGCGCAUGCAGCUUUUGCUAUUUUUGACAAAGACGGCAAUGGUGACAUUAGCAAGCGAGAAAUGCGGGAAGCCGUACAGAGGAUUUAUCGAGAGCGUAAGGCCCUGACUGCCAGCCUGAAAGACGUUGGUUCAGCCGUGGCGAAGCUGGAUGCUGUCCUUGUCUCCAUUGCAUUGCUCGGUAUUCUCUUCACAUGUCUCCUCAUUUUCAAUAGGACCAACACGCUAGCCUCACUUGUUCCUCUUGCGACAAUUAUCCUCGGAUUCUCGUUUAUCUUCGGACACUCUGCACAGACAUUGUUUGAGUCAAUGAUUUUUAUAUUUUCUACUCAUGUCUUUGAUGUCGGCGAUUUGGUCAUGAUUGACGACCAGUACCUGAUUGUCAAAGAAUUUGGUCUAUUUUCUACCACUUUCCGUCGGGUUGACGGCCAAGAAAUCAUCGCACCUAACUCCCUGCUAUCUAGCACGAAGCUCGUCCAUAAUUUGCGGCGGUCAAACAGCAUGUGGGAGAGCACGACGCUGAUGAUAGCGUACAACACACCUCUCGAGCUUGUCGAGCAGCUCAAGGCACGCAUUCAAGCCUACAUCGCAGCAAAUAACAGGGAAUGGAGUGGGUCUUCAGUGAAUAUCGACAAAAUGGAGUUCCAGAAUGCGAUCCAUCUGACGGUAGCUGUUGAACGUAAGUCUCUGUAUCUACCAUGA